UCUUCAUUAUUCCUUGCCGUGGCCACCAUUCGACCCAAACCGUCUCCAUAGAUUUUGACAUGGAUAAACCUAAUUAUCCAAGUCAACACAAUGCAAUGCUGCGCGGCGGAUAGUAGGGCUAUGCGGCACGGAAUUUAUUUUCUAAAUUUCUUAUCGAAAACAUUCCUUCGUUCCGUUUUCUUCCCAUGAUUCUCCAAUUUCAUUCACAAAUAUUCUCAUCUCGUGGGAUAUAUUCUCGUACCUGGCAUCAGCCUCCGAUGAAUUGAUCAUCCAACCUUCCUGUUCACAGACCGUCAGCCAAGGACGUUAAGUUAGUGCCCCUAAUAUUUUUAUUUGAUAUUUUUCUACUACAUUAUAUAUACGGAGUACUCUUUUAUAAGAUCUUACAUUCAUCCUUUGGGCCAAGCAUCUCGUUUGUUGUGCGCUCGCCAUGGCUUCUACCGAUAAUGCCGAGAAGAAGAUCGAUGAGAGUACCAGGGCUUCAGAUUCAUCCAAUAUUGAGAAAGGUGAUGUCAUUCCACGAAAUGAAAACGCUGCGACGAGGCACGAAGAUCAAACAAUCGCCAUUCUCGAGCUCGUCAAAGCCCAAGAUGUCCAUCACCCCAUGCAUUGGUCCGCCUUCAAACGAUGGGGUAUCGUGGUUAUUUACUGUAUGUUGCAGACUUUCGUUACACUUACCAGUACAACUUAUGUAUCCGCCGAGUUCUUGAUACAAGAGAAGUUUGGGGGGACUACUCAAGUUGUUACUCUGGGCCAGAGUAUGUUCAUUUUGGGAACAGCGGUCGGUCCUAUAUUCUUGGGUCCAUUAUCGUAGGUUGAACACAGCAUAUGGCGCAUACUGCGAUUAUCGUGCUUGUGAACAGAAUCAUAACUGAACAUCUACAGUGAUCUUGGUGGCCGUAAAUGGAUCUAUGUUAUUAGCAUUGCAUUCUAUGCAGUUUUGAACUUUGUAAGUGACCUCGAAGGUAUCAUUCAUGGAAUCAUUUUUAACAUGAUUUAGGGAACCGCAUAUGCUCUUAAUCUUCCUAUGCUCGUCAUCUUCAUGUUCCUUGCGGGCACAGCUGGUUCUACUGCCCUUUCGAAUGUAGCUGGUACAAUUGCGGAUCUGUUUGGAGAUAUCGAUGGUGCUGGACAAGCGAUGGCCCUUUUCGUCAUGUGUAAGACCCGAGAAAUAUUCUAGUCUCCGCCUCAUAAGUACUAAUGACUUGCAUAUAGCUGCAAACAUUGGUCCAUCUCUCGGAUCCCCGUGGGAGUGGAUAGCGGAUAAUGCGAACAUGGGUCUUAAAUGGAUCUUCUUAAUCAAUGUAAUUAUUGGUUUUGCAUUCGCUAUCAUCAUGUGUUUCAUUCCAGAAACAUUACCAAGAUUGGUUAUCGCCAAAGCAGCCGCAAAGAAUCAAACCGUUGGUGAUCAAGAAGCUGCUAUCUUGACAAGCAAACUCAAUGUUUUACAAGAAAUGAAGUUUAUCACGACCAUGACAUUCAGAAUUAUGUUCACGGAGCCAGUUGUUUUAUUCCUUGGCUUGUACAAUGGUUUCGCUUACGGUAUCCUCUUCUUGUACCUCGAUGGAGUAUUUGAUGUUUUCGUCGUCAAUAAUGGUCUCUCUUACAUCGGUGCCGAUCUCACGUACCUUAACUUCGUCGUCGGAGUAGUCGUCAUGUUCUUCUUCGUUCCGGUUCAAACUUGGUUUUAUGCAAGAGAUCGUAAGAAGCAUGGUAUCAACCGUCCAGAAGCUAGAUUCCUCACUUCUUUGGUUACCGUUUGGCUUUUCCCAAUCACACUUCUUUGGUUCGCUUUCACCUCUGAUGGAAGCGUAUCUUACUGGUCACCAGUUGUCGCUGGUGGUGUUCUUGGUUUUGCAGAUCCAUUAUUAUGGCUCAGUAUGCUUAACUAUAUUACUGGUAUGUUUCCAAUCCAUCAUUAGUUACCCCUUACAUCUCGCUAAUUUCAAUUCCUCCCCAGACUCCUACCCCAACGUCGCCGGUGCCGCCAUCGCAGCUUUCCUCAUCCCUUCCUUUGCUCUCGCAGCUGGUCUCGCUCAUCUCGGUGUCCUCAUGUUUGAUAACAUGUCGACGAAAUGGGCUAUGGGUACUAUUGGAUUCAUUAGUAUUGGUCUUUGUGCGUUGAUUUACUUUAUCUAUUUCUUUGGUGCAAAAAUAAGAGCAGGAUCGAAGCUCGCGAGAAGAUUUUAAAUGUAUGUGUGUAUGUAUGUAUGUAUGAAAUGAUGGAUGAAUGGAUGGAUGGAUAAAUAAAUCAAUGUAUGUUAGAACUUGGAUCGAUCGAUCGGAUUGGAUAUAGUAUAUAAGAUUUUGCUUAAUUAGCACUGUACUGUAUUGCAUUGAAAAUUUCGUUAGUGGAUGUAUGGUUUGAGGAUCACCAGAUGGAUGAUUUAUACUGUUAUGUUGUAUAUACAUGUUUACAUAUAGAUGAUGGAUUUGAACUUGGAUAUUCUAUUCUAUUCUAUUUAUUCUUCCACCUCCUCAUCUACUACUGCUCAAUAAUAUAAAGAGAAAUCUCUGUAUGUCUAAAAUACUUAGUAGGU